AUGUCUAUAAAAGCCUUCUUAUUGUUACGUAAUGUAGCAAGAUAUAGAAUUGUGAACUUUACGCCAAUUGGAUUAAGGACAUUUAGCAACAGGUCCCGAGAUGAAAAAGGAUGGGGUUGGAAAACUCCAGGGAUUGCCGCUUUGCUUGGUUCAGUAGUUGUUGGAUCUGCUUUAUCAGAAAGACUUGACCUCAGACAAAAGGCAAAACCUGCUACAGAAAAAGAAGUAAUAGAGGCUGGUGUAAAGAGACCAGACUUGCCUACCUACAGGGCCGAGGAAGUGAGCAAACAUGACACCAAGUUGAGUUUUUGGGUGACAUACAAGCAGGGGGUAUAUGAUGUCACCGAUUUCCUACCCUCUCACCCUGGAGGUGAGCAGAUUCUGAAUGCUGCUGGGUUGAGCAUUGAGCCGUUUUGGAAUGUCUACGGCAUGCACAAGACUGAAGAGAUUUACAAGUUGCUAGAGUCAUACAGAAUAGGUAACUUGCACGAGGAUGACUUGGUGGACCAUUCAGAUGAAGAGCUAUGGGCCCGGGAGCCCCGCAGAGACCCGAGAUUGUCAGUGAAGACUGCGCGCCCCUUCAACGCGGAGACGCCUCCGAAAUACCAGAUACUGCACUUCGAUACGCCCAACGAAUUAUUUUACGUGCGCCAACACAUGCCUGUUCCAGAGCUGGACCCUGAGACGCACCGCCUCAGCGUCGUGAUCAAAGAAGGUGACGGUCGCGAGAGGAGGACAGUUCUGUCGAUGCAGCAACUGCAGCAGUUGCCGCGGCACACCGUCAGGGCGGCGCUCAUGUGCGCGGGGAACAGACGGACGGAGAUGCACCAGCAGGUAAAGCCGGUCAAGGGCAUCAGUUGGACGACGGGCGCCAUCAGCAACGCUGUAUGGGAGGGAGUGUACUUGCGAGAUUUGCUGAUACUGUGCGGGGUCGACUUGGACAAUACUGAGGGGAAACACGUUAUUUUGACGGGCGCGGAUAUAGACGCGACGGGCGUCAACUUCAGCACGUCCAUUCCCUUGUCGCUGGCUUUGGAACCCAGCGCCCGUAUCCUGCUGGCCACCACCAUGAACGGGGCGCCGCUACCCCCCGACCACGGCCGGCCCCUGCGAGCGCUGGUACCCGGCGCGGCCGCAGUACGCAGCGUCAAGUGGCUAGAAUCCAUAACGAUAUCGGACGAAGAAAGCUCUUCCCACUGGCACCGCAAAGACUACCGUUCGUUCAACGCGUCUGUCACUUGGGAGACUGCAGAUUUCUCUAAAGCCCCGCCUGUAUACAGUGUGCCCGUCACUUCGGCCAUCUGCAGCCCCCAGCACGGGGACACUGUUGUAGUCAAAGACGGAUAUAUUAACGUUCAAGGUUACGCGUACUCCGGGGGCGGUGCCAAAGUGACCAGAGUGGAUGUUAGUGGCGAUCAGGGGAACACCUGGCUCGAGGCCAGGAUCACUGCUGCCGAUGCUGCUCCCCCGCCGCGGCACUACUCCUGGACGCUGUGGGAGCUGCAGCUGCCCGCCUCCAUACAGGCCUCGAUGGAAAUCUGGGUGAAGGCUACGGACAGCAAUUGCAACACGCAACCGGAAAAGUUCAACGACAUCUGGAACAUCCGGGGCAUCCUCGGCAAUGCCUACCACAAGAUCAAUAUUAAACUCAAACGCUAA